AUGCGUGUCGACAAUUGUUUCUUUUGCGGGCGGCCCGCGUGGCCCAGCAAGGGCAUCACUUUUAACAGGAAUGACGGCAAAUCCUUCCGGUUCUGCCGCUCCAAGUGCCACAAGAACUUCAAGAUGAAGCGCAACCCCCGCAAGCUCAAGUGGACCAAGGCAUACCGCAAGAACGCGGGUAAGGAGAUGGUGGUGGACAGCACGCUGCAGUUCGCGGCGCGGCGCAACGUGCCCGUGCGGUACGACCGCGAGCUCUUCGCCAAGACGCUCAAGGCCAUGGAGCGCAUCAGCGAGAUCCGGUCGCGGCGCGAGCGCAUCUUCUACAAGAAGCGCAUGGCCGGCAAGCGCGCCCGCGAGGUCGCCGCCGCCCGCAAGCUCGUCGCCGACAACGAGCACCUGCUGCCCCGCCUGCGCGGCAGCGAGAAGAAGCGCCUGGCCGAGCUGGCCGCCGAGCAGGGCGUCGACGUCGAGGACCUCGAGCGCGAGGAGCUGGCCACCCUGCGCAGCAGCAAGAAGACCAAGGCCUUUGGCGGCGAGACGCGCAGGCUCCGCGUGCGCACCGACGGCGGGGUCGAGGAGAUCACCGAGGCGAUGGCUGGGCAUAUGCACGAGGGCAUGGAGGACGACGACGAGGACGACGAGGACGACGAUAUGGAUACCGAUUAA